AUGGAGCCCAAGGCCCCCCACGGGCCCGUGAUUCCCACAGCCGGGAACUCCCACCUCCUCAGCAGAGGGUCGCUCUCCUGUUCUUCCAUCCCGGGGGCUCCUUUUCGGCUGUCGUGGGUGCUGGGUGCGAUCCACCCCCCACCGCCUCCCCCAGCCCCAGGCAGCCUUGGCGGAGUUCCCAAGGUGACGGCAGCGAACAACGUGGAGCUGCACGUUCAGCCCUGCAGCUGCCGCCCCCCGAGCCUCUCCCGGCGGGGUCUCCCCGUGACCCCCAGGGCCCCCGCUCCGCCAGCUCUCCACACAAGGCCGGUCACGGCCUCCAGCUCCCACCUCGUGAAGAGGGAGCGGAAAAUCCCUUUCAAAAGGCAGGUCCUGCCGGCUUACCAGUGGCAACACCCUGUGUCCGGUGGGGCCUUCCGUCGGCCGGCAGCCUCCCGUUCCCGGGGCGAGGGGCGGGUCUCGGGGAGGGACCCGCCGGCUGGAGCUCGGGGCUGGCGUCGCCGCUUGAAGGAGGAGCGGGAGGAGCGGGAGGAGCGGGAGGAGCGGAGCAGGUUUAUGGUAAUAAGCCUCCCGCCUCCAGUCCCCGCCGCCGCCGCCGCCGCCGCCGCUCUGCGGAGCGCACAGACCGACAGACGGACCGCGGCGGCCUGCCGCCCGCUGGGCCCCCAACCCGCGGCCCCCUGCGCCCCCCGGCGCUGGCUGUGCCCGGCCGGGGGCAGCGGGCACCUGGCUCCUCGCCGGGCGCUGCGGCCCCAGCGGGCCCCAGCUGAGCGGCCGGCUACUGCUCCUGCUGCGGCGGAGCCGGGGGCCACCUCGCCCUCCCCGCGGGGGCCCCGCUGCUACCGGCCGGACCGGGCCCCGAGCCUCUGGUGCCAGGCCUGUGGGCCGCAAGGGGACGGGGGAGGGCACGGAGGCGGGCACGGAGGCGGGCACGAGGGCAGGCACAGAGGUGGGCCAGGAGAUGGGGACGAGGGCAGGCACAGAGGUGGGCACGGGGCUGAGCGUGAGGGCAGACACGGAGGUGGGCUCGAGAGCGGACGCAAAGGUGGGCCCGGAGAUGGGGACGAGGGCAGGCCCCGAGGUGAGCGCGGAGCUGGGCACGAGGUCAGACACGGGGCUGGGCCCGGAGAUGGGCCCGAGGGCAGACACGAAGGUGGGCACGGAGAUGGGGGCGAGGGCAGGCCCGGAGCCGGGCACGGGGGCGGACGGCGGAGGCGGAACGUGAACACGGCCCCCCAGUUCCAGACACCCAGCUACCAGGCCACGGUCCCCGAGAACCAGCCGGCGGGCACCCCCGUGGCCUGGCUGCGGGCCUCGGACCCGGACGCCGGCGAGGCGGGCCGGCUGGAGUACACCAUGGACGCCCUGUUCGACAGCCGCUCCAACCUCUUCUUCUCGCUGGACGCCGCCACCGGGGCCGUGAGCACGGCCGAGGAGCUGGACCGGGAGACCAAGAGCAGCCACGUGUUCCGCGUCACGGCCCAGGACCACGGCAGCCCCCGGCGCAGCGCCCUGGCCACGCUGACCGUCACGGUGGCCGACACCAACGACCACGACCCGGCCUUCGAGCAGGCCGACUACAAGGAGAGCCUGAGGGAGAACCUGGAGGUGGGCUACGAGGUCCUGACCGUCCGGGCCACGGACGCCGACGCUCCGGCCAACGCCAACAUCCUCUACCGCCUGCUGGAGGGCCCGGGCCCGCCCGGGGCCCCCGAGGCCUCGGGGGCCUUCGAGAUCGACCCGCGCUCCGGCGUCAUCCGCACCCGGGGCCCCGUGGACCGCGAGGCCGUGGAGGCCUACCUGCUGACCGUGGAAGCCAGCGACCAGGGCCGCGACCCCGGGCCCCGCAGCGCCACGGCCACCGUCCACCUGACGGUGGAGGACGACAACGACAACGCCCCUCAGUUCAGCGAGAAGCGCUACGUGGUGCGGGUCCGCGAGGACGCGGCCCCCGGCGUGCCCAUCCUGCGGGUCACCGCCUCGGACCGCGACAAGGGCAGCAACGCCCUGGUCCACUACAGCAUCCUGAGCGGCAACGCCCGGGGCCAGUUCUACCUGGACGCCCAGACCGGGGCCCUGGACCUGGUCGGCUCGCUGGACUACGAGGCGGCCAAGGAGUACAGCCUGCGGGUGCGGGCGCAGGACGGGGGGCGGCCGCCGCUCUCCAACGUGUCGGGCCUGGUGGCCGUGCAGGUGCUGGACGUGAACGACAACGCCCCCAUCUUCGUCAGCACACCCUUCCAGGCCGCCGUCCUGGAGAGCGUGCCCCUGGGCUACCAGGUGCUGCACGUGCAGGCCGUCGACGCCGACGCGGGCGAGAACGCCCGGCUGGAGUACCGGCUGUCCGGCGUCGGGCCGGCCUGCCCCUUCGCCGUCCACAACGGCACCGGCUGGAUCUCCGUGGCCGCCGAGCUGGACCGCGAGGCCGUGGACUCCUACAGCUUCGGCGUGGAGGCCCGGGACCACGGGGACCCGCCGCUGUCCGCCUCGGCCAGCGUGAGCAUCACGGUCCUGGACGUCAACGACAACAGCCCGGCCUUCACCCAGCCGGAGUACGCGGUGAGGCUGAACGAGGACGCGGCCGUGGGCACCAGCGUGGUGACGGUGUCGGCCGUGGACCGCGACGCCCACAGCGUCAUCACCUACCAGAUAGCCAGCGGGAACACCCGCAACCGCUUCUCCAUCACCAGCCAGAGCGGCGGCGGCGGCGGCCUCAUCUCCCUGGCCCUGCCGCUGGACUACAAGCUGGAGCGCCACUACCUGCUGGCCGUCACCGCCUCCGACGGCACCCGCCAGGACACCGCCCAGGUGCUGGUCAACGUCACCGACGCCAACACCCACCGGCCCGUCUUCCAGAGCUCCCACUACACCGUCCACGUCGACGAGGACCGGCCGCCGGGCACCACGGUGGUGGUGAUCAGCGCCACGGACGAGGACACGGGCGAGAACGCCCGCAUCACCUACUUCAUGGAGGACAGCCUCCCCCAGUUCCGCAUCGACGGGGCCACGGGGGCCGUGACCACGCUGGCCCCGCUGGACUAUGAGGACCAGGUCUCCUACACCCUGGCCAUCACGGCCCGGGACAACGGCAUCCCGCAGAAGUCCGACACCACCUACCUGGAGAUCCUGGUGAACGACGUGAACGACAACGCCCCGCAGUUCCUGCGCGAGGCCUACCAGGGCAGCGUCUACGAGGACGUGCCCGCCUUCACCAGCGUCCUGCAGGUCUCCGCCACCGACCGCGAUGCGGGCCUCAACGGCCGGGUGUUCUACACCUUCCAGGGCGGGGAGGACGGGGACGGCGACUUCGUCAUCGAGUCCACCUCGGGCAUCGUGCGCACCCUGCGCCGGCUGGACCGCGAGAACGUGGCCCUCUACCGCCUGCGGGCGCUGGCCGUGGACAAGGGCGUGCCCCCGUCCCGGACCCCCGUGGAGGUGGCCGUGACGGUCCUGGACGUCAACGACAACCCGCCGGUCUUCGCGCGGGACGAGUUCGAUGUCUUCGUGGAGGAGAACAGCCCCAUCGGGCUGGCCGUGGCCCGCGUGACCGCCAGCGACCCGGACGAGGGCACCAACGCCCAGAUCAUGUACCAGAUCGUGGAGGGCAACAUCCCCGAGGUCUUCCAGCUGGACAUCUUCUCCGGGGAGCUGACCGCGCUGGUGGACCUGGACUACGAGGCGCGGGCCGAGUACGUCGUGGUGGUGCAGGCCACGUCCGCCCCCCUGGUCAGCCGGGCCACGGUCCACAUCCGCCUCCUGGACCGCAACGACAACCCGCCGGUCCUCGGCAACUUCGAGAUCCUCUUCAACAACUACGUCACCAACCGCUCCAGCAGCUUCCCCGGCGGCGCCAUCGGCCGGGUGCCGGCCCACGACCCCGACGUCUCCGACGCCCUCAGCUACACCUUCGAGGAGGGCAACGAGCUCAGCCUGGUGCUCCUCAACGCCUCCACCGGGGAGCUGCGGCUCAGCCCGGCCCUGGACAACAACCGGCCGCUGGAGGCCGUCAUGAGGGUGUCGGUGUCAGACGGCCUCCACAGCGUGUCGGCCCAGUGCGCCCUGCGGGUGACCAUCGUGACGGACGAGAUGCUGACCCACAGCAUCACUCUGCGGCUGCGGGACAUGAGCCCGGAGCAGUUCCUGUCGCCGCUGCUGGGCCUCUUCGUCCGCGCCGUGGCGGCCACCCUGGCCCUGGCCCCGGAGCGGGUGGCCGUGUUCAGCGUCCAGCGGGACUCGGAGGCGCCCGGGGCCCGCGUCCUCAACGUCAGCCUGUCGGUGGGCCGCGCCGGGCCCGGGCCCGGGACCUUCCUGCCGUCCGAGGCCCUGCGGGAGCGGCUCUACCUCAACCGCAGCCUGCUGGCCUCCUUGGCCGCCCAGCAAGUCCUGCCCUUCGACGACAACGUGUGCCUGAGGGAGCCGUGUGAGAACUACAUGCGCUGCGUGUCGGUGCUGCGCUUCGACUCGACGGCCCCCUUCAUCGCCUCCGCCUCGGUGCUGUUCCGGCCCAUCCACCCGGUGGGCGGCCUGCGCUGCCGCUGCCCGCCCGGCUUCACCGGGGACUUCUGCGAGACCGAGAUCGACCUGUGCUACUCCAGCCCCUGCGGCCCCCACGGCCGCUGCCGGACCCGCGAGGGCGGCUACACCUGCCACUGCCGGGAACACUUCACCGGUGAGCACUGCGAAGUGAGUGCCCGGUCCGGCCGCUGUGCCCCCGGCGUCUGCAGGAACGGGGGGACCUGCGUCAACCUGCUGGUGGGUGGCUUCAAGUGCCAGUGUCCAGAGGGUGACUUCGAGAAGCCGUACUGCCAGGUGACUGCCCGCAGCUUCCCCGCCGAGUCGUUCCUCACCUUCCGUGGCCUGCGCCAGCGCUUCCACUUCACCCUGACCCUCACGUUUGCCACGAAGGAGCAGGACGGGCUGCUGCUCUACAACGGCCGCUUCAACGAAAAACAUGACUUCGUGGCCCUCGAGAUCAUCCAAGGGCAGAUCCAGCUCACCUUCUCUGCAGGAGAGUCGAUCACCACGGUGACCCCGUUCAUCCCUGGAGGCGUCAGCGAUGGCCAGUGGCAUUCGGUGCAACUGCACUACUACAAUAAGCCGCUGCUGGGCCGCUCCGGGCUCCCCCAGGGCCCUUCGGAGCAGAAGGUCGCCGUGGUGACCGUGGACAACUGUGACCCCGCCAUGGCCCUGCGGUUCAGAGCGGCCUUGGGCAACUACUCGUGUGCCGCCCAGGGCACCCAGAGCGGCAGCAAGAAGUCCCUGGACCUAACCGGCCCCCUGUUGCUGGGUGGGGUGCCGGACCUGCCCGAGAGCUUCCCCGUGCGGACGCGGCACUUCGUGGGCUGCAUGCGGGGCCUGCAGGUGGACAGCCAGCUCCUCGACAUGGCCGAUUUCAUAGCCAACAAUGGCACCGAGCCCGGGUGCCCAGCCAAGAAGAAUGUGUGUGACAGCAACACCUGCCUCAACGGGGGCACGUGUGUCAACCAGUGGGGCACUUUCAGCUGCGAGUGCCCGCUGGGCUUUGGGGGCAAGAGCUGCGGGCAGGAGAUGGCGAAUCCCCAGCGCUUCCUGGGCAGCAGCCUGAUGGCCUGGCACGGCUUGGCCCUGCCCAUCCCGCAACCCUGGCACCUGAGCCUCAUGUUCCGGACCCGCCAGGCCAGCGGGGUCCUUCUGCAGGGGCUGGCGGGGGGCCAGGGCAGCAUCACCCUGCAGCUGAGCGAAGGCCACGUGGAGGUGAGGGUUCAGGGCCCGAGCGGGCCUCCCUCCUCCCUGCGGCUGGAACCGGGCAAGGCCAACGAUGGGGACUGGCACCAUCUGCGGGUCGAGCUGGGGGCAGGCCCCAGGGCCACCCUGGAGCUGGACUACGGGCAGCAGCGGGCCGAGGACGACAUGCCCAUCGAGCUCCACGGGCAUCAACUGAGCAACGUCAGCGUGGGCGGCAUGGCCGGGCCCGGGGGCACCGUCCUCGGGGGCUUCCGGGGGUGCCUGCAGGGCGUGCGGGUGGGCGAGAUGGUAGGGGGCUCCAGCAGCCUGGAUGCCAGCCAGGCGGAGCAUGCCAACGUGGAGCAGGGCUGCAGCGUGCCCGACCCCUGCGACUCCAACCCCUGCCCGGCCAACAGCUACUGCAGCAACGACUGGGACAGCUACUCCUGCAGCUGCGACCCAGGGUUCUACGGAGACAGCUGUACCAGCGCCUGCGCCCUGAAUCCCUGUGAGCACCAGGCCACGUGUUCCCGCAAGCCCAGUGCCCCUCACGGCUACGUUUGCGAGUGUCCCCACAACUACUUCGGGCCUUACUGCGAGACCAGGCUGGACCAGCCGUGCCCCCGGGGCUGGUGGGGGCACCCCAUGUGCGGCCCGUGCAGCUGCGACGUCAGCAAAGGCUUCGACCCCGACUGCAACAAGACCAGCGGACAGUGUCGUUGCAAGGAGAAUCACUACCGCCCGGUGGGCAGCGCGGCCUGUCUGCUGUGCGACUGCUACCCCACGGGCUCCCUGGGCCGGGUGUGCGAGGCGGAGGCUGGCCAGUGCCCCUGCAAGCCUGGGGUCAUCGGCAGGCAGUGCGACCGCUGCGACAAUCCCUUCGCCGAGGUCACGGCCAACGGCUGCGAAGUGAACUACGACAGUUGCCCCCGGGCCAAAGAAGCGGGGAUCUGGUGGCCCCGGACCCGUUUCGGCCUGCCCGCCGCGGCGCCCUGCCCGAGGGGCUCCAUCGGGACCGCGGUGCGGCACUGCGAUGAGCACAGGGGCUGGCUGCCCCCCAACCUUUUCAACUGCACCUCUCUCACCUUUGCCGAGCUCAAGGGCGUGGCGGAGCGUCUGCAGCAGAACGGAUCACGGCUAGACUCGGGACGGUCGCAGCGCCUGGCCCUGCUGCUCCACAACGCUACACAGCACACGGAGGGCUACUUCGGCAGCGACGUGCACGUGGCCUACCAGCUGGCCACCCGGCUGCUGGCCCACGAGAGCGCCCAGCGGGGCUUCGGCCUGGCGGCCACGCAGGACGUGCACUUCACCGAGAACCUGCUGCGGGUGGGCAGUGCCCUCUUGGACUCAGACAACAAGCGGCACUGGGAGCUGAUCCAGCAGACGGAGGGUGGCACGGCCUGGCUCCUCCGCCACUAUGAGGCCUAUGCCAGCGCAUUGGCUCAGAAUAUGCGUCACACCUACCUGAGCCCCUUCACCAUCGUCACACCCAACAUCGUCAUCUCCGUGGUGCGUCUGGACAAGGGGAACCUUGCAGACACCAAGCUGCCCCGCUAUGAGGCCCUGCGGGGAGAGCGCCCGCCCGACCUGGAAACCACCGUCAUCCUGCCCCAGUCCGUCUUCAGGCCCCCCGAGGGCAAGGACUCUGGGCCUUCGGACCGGCAGGCCGCCCCAGCCGAGGCAACGGAGCGGGUGGCGGCAAGCCAGGAGAAGGAAGAGGAGGAGGAGGAGAAAGAGGUGGUAGAGGAAGAAGAGGAACAGGUGCUUAGACAGAAGCAGCGGCAGAGGCGGCACCCAGAGCUGCGCCAGGGCCAGGCCGUGGCCAGCGUCAUCAUCUAUCGCACGCUGGCCGCUCUGCUGCCCCCGAACUUCGACCCUGACAAGCGUAGCCUGCGGGUCCCCAAACGGCCCGUCAUCAACACCCCCGUGGUCAGCAUCAGCGUCCACGACGACGAGGAGCCGCGGCCACGGGCGCUGGCCAGGCCGGUCACUGUGCAGUUCCGACUGCUGGAGACGGAGGAGCGGUCCAAGCCCAUCUGUGUCUUCUGGAAUCACUCCAUCCUAGUGAGUGGGACCGGCGGCUGGUCAGCCCGAGGUUGUGAGCUUGUGUUCCGCAAUGAGAGCCACGUCAGUUGCCAGUGCAGCCACAUGACCAGCUUUGCGGUGCUCAUGGACGUCUCACGACGGGAGAACGGGGAGAUCCUACCCCUGAAGAUGGUGACGUACACGUCCCUGGCGGUCACCCUGGCCACUCUGCUCCUCACCUUCCUGGUUCUGGCUGCUCUGCGCGCCCUGCGCUCCAACCAGCAUGGCAUCCGCACCAACCUGGUGGCUGCCCUCUUCCUGGCCCAACUGGUCUUUCUCCUGGGCAUCAACCAGGCUGACCUGCCCUUCGCCUGCACGGUCAUCGCCAUCCUGCUGCACUUCCUGUACAUGUGUGCGUUCUCCUGGGCCCUGCUGGAGGCCCUGCACCUGUACCGGGCGCUCACGGAGGUUCGUGAUGUCAACGCGGGACCCAUGCGCUUCUACUACAUGCUAGGCUGGGGCGUGCCUGCCUUCAUCACAGGGUUGGCAGUGGGGCUGGACCCAGAGGGCUACGGGAAUCCCGACUUCUGCUGGCUCUCCCUCUACGACACCCUCAUCUGGAGCUUUGCCGGCCCUGUGGCCUUCGCCGUCUCAAUGAGCGUCUUCCUCUACAUCCUGGCGGGCCGGGCCUCUUGCGCCGCUCAGCGCCAGGGAUUUGAGAAGAAAGGCUCAAUCUCUGGACUGCGCUCGGCCUUCGUGGUGUUGCUGACGGUGAGUGCCUCCUGGCUUCUGGCCCUGCUGUCAGUCAACAGCGACUCCCUCCUCUUCCACUACCUCUUUGCAGCAGCCAACUGCAUCCAGGGCCCCUUCAUUUUCUUCUCCUGCGUGGUUCUGAGCAAGGAGGUUCGCAAGGCACUGCGCUCGGCCUGCAGCCGUAAACCAGGGCCUGACCCUGCCCUUGCCACUAAGUCCACCCUGACAUCGUCCUACAAUUGCCCCAGCCCCUACGUGGACGGCCACCUGUACCAGCCCCCCUAUGGAGACUCGGCCGGCUCCCUGCACAGCGCCAGUCGCUCUGGCAAGAGCCAGCCCAGCUAUAUCCCCUUCGUGCUCAGGGAGGAGUCAAGCCAGAAUGCCAGCCUGGGCCCAGUGGGCCUGGGGGACCCCGGAGGAGGUGGGUACCUGGAGACCAAGGACCAGCACCGCGAGCCGGACACGGAUUCGGAUAGUGACCUGUCCCUGGAGGAUGACCAGAGCGGUUCCUACGCCUCCACCCACUCGUCAGACAGUGAAGAGGAGGAGGAGGGGGCCGACUUAAGCGUGGACCCCGCCUGGGACAGCCUGCUAGGGCCCGGGGCCGAGCGGCUCUUACACAGCACUCCCAAGGCGGAUGGGUGUCCGGCCCCCGCCAUGCCCCACUGGCCAGGGGACUUGGGGACAGCGGCUCCGGAGGGCGCGAGGCCUACUGUGGAGGACCGGCCCCGGGAGAACGGCGAUGCCCUGCUCUCUCUGCCAGGUCCCGCUGCCCAGCCCCACAAAGGCAUCCUGAAGAAGCAGCGGCUUCCGCCCAUCAGCGAGCAGAGCGGGCUCCCUUGGCCUCCCCUGGAAGCCAGAGCGGGGUCUCCCCCAGGCUCGUCGGCCAGCGAGCGCAGCCGGGGGUGCCCCCCGCCGCCCCCUCGGCGCCUGCCGCGCCCGAGCCUGCAGGAGCAGCUGAGCGGGCUCACGCCCAUCGCCAUGAGCAUCAAGGCGGGCACCGUGGACGAGGACUCGUCGGGCUCCGAAUUUCUCUUCUUUAACUUUCUGCAUUAAUCCGGGCCCAGGCCCCACCUGGCUCAUGCCUCCUCCUCCUCCGUGUCUGUGCCCUGUCCCCAUGCCCGCCCCCCACCUGCCCCGCAGCAGCGAGGAAACGUCCAUCUGAGGAGGAGCACCCGCAGGGGGGCUGCCCGCAGACCCCCCACCCCCGCCACGGCUCUCCUUCCCUCUCCUCCCCGGCCCUCGCGCACUUUGGAUCCCCGCGGGCCUGGGGAAGCCGAGGAAAUGUUUUUUCAGAAAAGAGGAAGAAAAAGGAUAGAAAAAGAAGAAGGAACCUCAUCGAUGCUGCAUCUUCAGGGAUGAACUUUUUUUAUACGCUGCAAAGUGACUCCCUCCAGCGAGAGGCUGGGCGGCCCGGCCCGGCUUCUGGGAGAGGGGAGCUUUGCGGGGGGCGGGGGGUGGUCUCACCCCCUCCCUCCACCACCUAAAGGAAAGGACAAAGCCACCCCCCGUUCCCCCUCCCUGCCCCCACGCACUGCGGACAGAAGGCCAGACCCCACGAGCUGGACUGUCUCCAACCCAGGGAGUGACCGAAGGGUCCCCUGUCCACCCGGGCUCUCCCAGGAAAGAGCUGGCCAAGGCCGGGCCGAGAAGCAGGGAGAUGCGGGCAGAGCCUGGGGUCCUGGCUUCCAGCUUGGGAGAGAACACGGUACCCUUCCCCAGCGCAUCCUGCCCCCUGCUCGGCUCCCCUUUUACCCUUUGCAAUGCCGACAAGCAAGUCCUGUUGCUUGGCUUCGCUGGCCCCAAGGGGCUUUUUCUUUCUACUUUCACAGCUGUGGGUGGUGGCCUUGAUUACCUUCCUCCAGCCCGGAGGAGGGGGCACAAAUGAGCUAACCCUGCCCACCCCGCAUCCCCCCACCAGCCCCGUGGCUGUGCUUCCCCCCUGCAGACCCCCAUGCAUUUUUCAGGACUCCCGCUGUCCCCCACCCCUGGACCCUUGACACGUUCAGUUUUUAACCCCUUCUUGGAAUUGACACCUUCAAAUCGAAUGCACCCCGCCCCCUUCCCUGCCUCCCCCUCAACCCUUGCGAAGAGAUAAUAUAUUUUUAAUUUAUUUGCAUUUACCCUUGGAGUGAGAUCAGAGCGGCUCCAAGGCCUUCUUGAAAAAUCCACCACCGAAUUUUUGGUUUCAGAUGUAUCCCGCUCAGCUAAUCUUUCUCCCCUCCGCCCCCGAAGUUCUUUUCGUCACGGCUCUGCAGGUCUGCCUGCCGCCCAGGCUCCCCAGAUCUCCGUCUGGGCUGAGGGGAAGGAACACAACGACAGAUGGAUGGAUGGUGCUGGCCCUCUGGCCCAGCUCCCAUCUGAGCCCAAAGUGGGAAAACAGGAAAUUCGUUUUAAGCUUCCCCUCCUCCAUCCCCACCCGCAAUUCCUGCAAAGGGUUAAAAAUUCAACCGUUUUUUUACUACUGCUGACUUGACUUCACACACAAGAUGCUGGACUUGAACUUGACUCUCCGCCUCAUCGGACUGUAUAGGUGGACUGUCGAUGUAAAUAAUGUCGGGCUGGAUUUUUGGCAUCCCUGAAUAAACUCUAGGUCCCGGCAGGCCCAAGCGCUGCCGGC